UUGAUCACAUGACCAGUAUCGACUCCCGUAGCCUUCGUUCUUCAAUUUAUCUCGACUUUAGCUUUGUACUGAUCCAUGUUAAUUGGAACAUUAAAUUCGGGAUAGAAACCCUAUGUCACGUAAGAUUUAAAGUACAUUGUCAAUAACUUACAUUUGGCAAUUAAUCCAUGGAAGAUUUACCACGGACUGGCCACCCUAUUCCAGAGCUGCGCGUGAGCUGCGUCUUGGGUUUGAAAUCCUGAAGUGAGACUUCCAAGUGUGAUGACACACUGCAACAAUGAUUUCUGAUGUUCCAUAUGAGAAGAUGUGUGAUGUGGAGUCGACAAGAGAAAAGUCCCAUAGGAAAACGCAGAUGUAUUCCAGGUGUCUUUUGGGUCUCGUCGGGGGUGCCACUCUGCUGUUAGUGGCCACUGUCCUCCAGACCCUGCUGGUUCCUGUGGGUAACUCUUCUCUAAACAAGCCUGGCCUCAAGGUUACACUGCCUCUCACUGAAACCUGCGCUGACCCCUGCACAAUUGUUCUUCUUGAGAGCAUCCCACAGGGGCUAGAGUUCAACUCUAGUGUCACCAAUCCAUCUAUCUACCAGGCUUGGGUCAACCUGAUUAGUGAAGCUACCAGUAGCAUGGACAUCGCCUCUUUCUACUGGACCCUUACCAACGAAGACACAAGCACUCACGAGCCAACAGCCGAUCAGGGCGAGGAUGUCCUGAAGAGGCUUGCUGAGGCGUCUGGGAAACUUGCAGUCCGCAUCGCGGUCAACACUCCACCAGAUGUCAAACCUCUGGCAGACAUUGAGCUCUUAAAAAGCUCUGGUGCUAAUGUCAGAAUGGUGAACAUGAAAGAUUUGACAUCAGGGGUGCUGCACACCAAGUUUUGGAUUGUGGACAAGAAGCACAUCUAUAUUGGCAGUGCCAACAUGGACUGGAGGUCCCUUACCCAGGUCAAGGAGCUGGGGGCUGUGGUGUAUAACUGUAGCUGCUUGGCCGCAGACCUGGCGAAGAUCUUCGAGGCCUACUGGUACCUUGGGCAGAAAGACAAACCCAUCCCGUCCCCUUGGCCCAGCAGUUUCAACACUCCUUACAAUAAGGACACACCCCUACAGCUGCCUCUGAAUGGCACAGCCUCCAGCGUCUAUCUUUCGAGCUCUCCUCCAUCUUUCUGCGCUGCUGGGAGGACCGGAGACCUGCAGUCCAUCCUCAGUGUGAUGGAGGACGCGCAGGAGUUUGUCUACAUCGCUGUCAUGAACUAUCUUCCCACAAUGGAGUACACGCCCAGCAAACGGUACUGGGCAGAUAUUGAUACUCAGAUAAGACGUGUGGCGUAUGAGAGGCGGGUGAAGCUGCGUCUUCUGAUUAGCUGCUGGGCCAGCACUUCACCUGCCAUGAUCCCCUUCCUGAAAUCCCUGGAUGCAGUGUGGGACCACAAGAACAAGCUGGACAUCCAGGUGAAACUCUUUGUUGUGCCGGCCAAUCCGAAGCAGAAGGAAAUCCCCUUUGCCAGAGUCAACCAUAACAAAUAUAUGGUGACGGACAAAGUUGCCUACAUAGGUACCUCUAACUGGUCUGGAGACUACUUUGUCAACACUGCUGGAACUGCCUUGGUGGUUAACCAGACUGCCGCCCACUCAGUAGGACCUACGGUCCAGGCACAGCUGCUGGCCGUGUUCCAAAGGGACUGGAACUCUGCAUACAGCACUCCAAUACACAAGCACAGGGACCUCAAAAAGCUCUGUUAAAUUGAGAAUUACAAUGCCGAUGUGUUAAAGAGCCUGUGUCCUGUGAGCCAGCAGGGGGAGGCGUGGGAAGCAUAUAUAUAAUAUAAUGCACUGUGGUCCCAAUGCAUUCUAUGGGAAUAAAUCCCUGUGAAUCUCAUGGAGAUAUGUAACCGUCAUCUGUUGGCUGUUUGGAUGGAUGAUCCUUGGCAUACCGGUUUGAUCCUUUUAAUCUUUUGAAUGUAUGAUUGGAAUAUUGGGCCCUUUUUUUUAAUGAAAACUAGGGUUUUUUGUUUCAGUCAUUUUGAGUCUGUCUGGCUUUAAAAACUAGUAUAUUUCCCUUUUGGAUUGCACCAAAUCCAGAAAAACAUUUGUGUGGCGUGUGUCUGAUGUGACAACUAGGUUGAAGUUGAGAAUGUUGUCCUAGCAACUGUUAAAAGGUAAUAAAGUCUAAUAAACAACUUCUUCUUGGAAA